AUGAGAGCAUUGGGCAGAGUAGAGCCUGAAAUCCGGCCUCCAGAUGAAGAGGCCCUUUUGGAGAAGAAUGAGGAAGUGCCAAUGGGAGGAUGCUGUGCGGCCUGUUGUGAAUGCUACUGGUGCUGCUGUGGCACCUGCACAGUCUUCAUCCUAUGGGUCCUCCUGGUCACUUGGACCACGCAAUGCGGCGUGACCACCUUUCCUGUGGAACAUAUCUUGGCGUCCAACGCCAUCGCGGAUGGUACGAUCACUCCCUAUGAGAUGGGCACGUCGUUAAACAUGAAUGUGGAUCCCGCGCUCAACAUCGACCUGACCGGGGCUUGGUGGAUGGAUGGCAAUCCGGCCAUUUUUGAGCAAGUGGUCUCCUUCGCCGGUGCUGUUGGCGCAGCCCCCUUUCCCGUGAGCAUUCCCAUGCCCACCAACUUCAAAGGCUGUUGGACGUACUCCGACACCCUGCUCGCUCGUUUGGUUAUGGCCUACCAUGCCUGGACGACCGCGGUGAACGAUGCACACCUGUUCAUGUUUGCGAAUAGCACCUCAGCGGAGAUCGUCCCUGUGGCCCAAGCGGCCUUUGGGGGGCAGAACUUUGGCUUCAACAAGAGCCACAGCCGCAGUUCGAAGACACGGAAGACUGUUUUGAGGGGUGUGGGGGCGUUGUUUCGUUAUUUUGGCACGCGUAAGACGGUUUAG